UGCGAUUUCAAAAUAAAAAUGUGUUUCUAAGGCCACAGUAGUGGUUAUAUUAGGAUAGAUAUUGUCCUUGUAAUCUCGUAAAAUCUGUGUCGACUUUAACCAUCUCAUGAAAAUUUGUCGUAAAAACGUUAUAAGAAUUUCAAUUUACCUGAUAGAUCUUAGAAAAACUUGUGAGCUGUCAAAACGUUUCUGAUAAAACCAAUGGUUGAUUACGAAAACAGACAUCAAGACUCGUCUCCAAUAUUGCUUCAUGGUGGUUUCGAAACAAAACCUUUUUUGGAAAAAGACAAAUAUAAAAAAGUUCAGAAGGACUACGACUUAUCAAACGAAUGUUUUUUUAAAGGAAAAGACUACGAAUUAGCUAAGAACGCAUCUGAAAGCAAACAUGGCGACAAAAAUCUUCAUAUUCAGUUGAGUGAUGCGAAACUACAAGCUGAACACUUUAGAACAGAGUUCUUUAGGCUUAGUAAAGAACGUCUUGAAGAGCAGCGUGAACUAACCAUCGUGGUCAAAUCACUUCGUGACCAAUUGGAAGCAGUUUCUCAAGAGAGAGACCAAGCAAUCACCAAAACAAGUAUGGAAUCUAAACAAAGCGGAAUGCAAUUCCAGCAUUUGAAAUACUGUGUGGAUCAGUUAUUGGAAACUAAUGCUGAACAAGAAAGACUUAUGUGUGCAAUGAAUGAACGUUUGGCAGCGUCUAACAAAGAAAUCGAAAAUUAUAAAUUGUUUCUUGAUUACAUCAAUUCAGCUAUACAAAAAUUUGAUCACAAUAAUAAUUUAAUAGAACCAAUAAAUUUCGAAAUUCAAGAUAUUGAAUAUAUACACAGUAAUUUUAACAAAUUUCUAAAAACAUUAGAAGAGAAAGAACAUUUACAAAUUAUAGAAAAUGAAAAACUGAAAACCACAAUAGAUGUAAUGCGAAGUCAGCAUGAAGCAGAAAUUUUUAGAAUUGAAGAGAAACACAAGUCAUCCCUUCAGGAACAAUGUGAAAAACUGCAAGAUGAACUUGAUAAUACAGUUGUGCGUGCCGAAAGAGCAACACUAGAGGCAAGAACUCUAAGUGUAGAAGUGGCCAAUGCUAAGUCGAAAUACGAGAAAGAAAUAACUGAAAAGUGUGAACAAAUUCAGGAGUUGGAGAAAAAAUUGUCCAAUUUCACAACAAAACAAAAUUCUUAUAUUGCAGAUUUGGAUGACCGUCUAAAUAAACAGAUAACAAAUAAUCAGACAACAAGAAACGAAUUGAGUGAGGCAAACAAAAUUAAUAAGCACUUGCAAAGUUUCGCUAAAUCGAUAGAACUGUCAAUGAAAAGAUUAUACAAUAUGAUUAAUAAUGAAUUGAACUUGAAUAUAAAUUGGAAAUGGGAACAAAUUUUUGAGGAAAACCAUAUAGGUGAAUUCGUUGACAACGUGAUGAAGAUUAUUGGUGAAUUAAAAAAGAAAUCAAUGAUGAAUAGAGAGAAUAAAGCACAAACAAAACUUUUGAAAAAUCAAAUAAAAGAACUGAAUUAUGAAUUGGACAAAUUAAAAUCCACUUUUAGGAAUAAUCAACGUUGUAUUAGUGAAUAUGAAAAGACACUUGCUGUAAAGGUCAGCGAAUUAGAAACUACCAUUUCAGAAAGGGAUUAUUAUCUACAAAUAAUUAAUGAGCAAACUGAAGAAUUAUCCACAGUUAAAGCUGAUUUUCAGCGUCAAAUAAGAGAGCUUACAGAACAAAUAGACUUUUUGGAAAGACGACAGAUUUGUACAGGAAAAUAUUCACAAUUGAAAUCAAUAAAAUCUGACACUCAUGAAAAAUGCACUACACAAUUUAGAACAUUAAGAAAACCAUUAUCAUCAGGGUCAUUACUAUCUGAUCAACGUUUAACUUCAGUCGACUAUGAGAAACAAGCAAGUGAAAAUGCUAUCAGUGAAUUAAAAAAGCAGAUGAAUGAAUCAAAGUCAAAAUGUGACAGAAUUUCACUAAAACGAGAAAGUUGUGAAACAGUUAGCAUCGACAAAAUUAAAGAAAAAUUUAAAACUUCUCAAGAAAACACUACUCGAAGAAAUAUAUCAAACGCUGUAAAACAAUCUAAUGCUAUUUUCAGUUUACAACAACGAUUAGGAAAUUUAGAAAUGAAUAUGUACAAAGUAAGUGAAGAUAAAGGAAAUCUACAAAGUCAAAAUGAACAGUUGACAGAUUUACUUCGAAGGUUAACAGAACAAAACCAACGUCUUACAAAGGAACUCGAUAAUCGUAUGAUGGAAGCGACGCGAGCUAAUAAACAAGCAAAUUAUUCAUCUCAAAGAGUAGUUGAAAGUUCAACAGGAUUUCAACAAAACAGUAACAAUAAUUUUUAUGAUUAUUCAAAUGAACUAGUAAAAAUCAGUAAUUGUAAUAAUGAUGACAGUGUUUGGAAUGAAGAAAAGUUUCUAAAUGGCUACCGUAACACUAACAAUUUUAAUAAUGGAAAAUCAAAUCAAAGACCACAUGAGAACAAUGAAAUUCUAACUUUGUCUAAUCGAACACUUGAAAAUACGUCCGCAGUUCAAUUGAACGAUAAGAAUAAGACAUACUACACCCAGGAACAAAAUGCGCAAAGUUUGAAAUCGGAUACAACACGAACCUACUAUUCAGUCAAUGAUAGCGCUAUACUAUCUAGCCAAUCGAAUGAUUCGGACGAAUUAGUUAUGAGAGAAAUCAAAGUAAAUAGUAGUGAUAAAUCUCCGAGGUCUGAGUGUAAACACCAAAAGUGGAAUCCAGAUGAGUUCUAGUGAAAUGUUUUAAAAUGAAAGGGAACAUUUAUUUUGAGCAGAUUUGAUAUCCAUUAUUUAUAAUAUAGUUCAUUUAAAAGUCGAGAGAUGCUUCCAUUUCUUGGUCAGCCACUGAAGAACGAAUUAAGAGAUACACAUUCUACGGAACCCAAUAUUCCUCUACACCGUAAGUGUAGAAAACGAAACUGUAAAUAAUUUGAAGGAAAUAAUUUCGAAUGUUUUACUAAGAAUACCAAAGUUUUAGAGAAUUUCAUAGUUUCCUGAAUUCAUUUAAAAGAUGAAAGCUGUGUUUCAUCAACUCACCUAAAUAAAAAUCUAGCACAUUUUAAUGAUAUUGCAUACACCUAAGCGAAUUGACGUUGAAUUCUUUGAAUCAUCAAUUAGUUUUAUUGUUAUUAUCAUAUUCAGUAACAAUUUCUAGUGAAACUUUCAUUUCUAUUUCACCGUAACAUUUGAAAUGUCCAGAAAGUAACAAUUAUGACAAGUAUUUCAAGAAUCAACAAAACUUUAAAUUAGACACUAAAAUACCAGAUCAACCAAAUUCUUCUACUCCUAGUAUUGAUGUACAUAUAACAGCGAAUAAUUAUAAAACAUUUUUAAAUUUCAACUACCAAAAUACCAAAGCUAACACUUUAAAACAUGAAAUCCAGUAUGGAAAACAGUUGACUGUCACAGAUUCUGAAUUCAAACCUACUCCGCUAGAAUUAACUAAUCAUAAUACUAAUAAUAAUGGAAUUAUAAAUUGGAAAUUUAAAAAAUAUGAUAAAUCAUUAGAAAUCUAUUCAGAUAAUGAAGUUACAACUUGUCCAAACAAUACUUCACCAAGAACCUAAUUUUUUUAAAUUGCAAAAAAUAAACUAGUUAUAAAGAAUGCGAUUUUAUCGACAAUCUACCGGAAACCUAACAGAACAUUCAAAUGAAACUCUUAUCAUCGUCAAUAUAUACCAAGAAGAUGACGUAAGAUGUUGGCCGAUGACCUUAAUAAUCUCCGUUUUUCCAAAUAUUUGAGCGUUAU